CUGUUGGUUGCAGUGGCCGCAGAGGGGGCCCCGCCGGGCGCGGAUUUCUACAAGGGCUUCCAGUUUAACGGCGUCGCGAUGCACGCCUUGCCCGCGCCCUCGCCCAUCUGUGCGCCCGCGCUCGCCGUCUCCACUCCCCCUGACUACAAACAGAAGAAAGGGGUACGUCCACCCCUCCUGCAGCCCCGACUCCUAGACCCCUCGAUGUAUCCUCGUUUAAACCUCUCGUUCGUGCGAGUGUUAUCUCUUAGUAACCCCUGUCUGUCUCUUUCUUGUGUCGAGUCUAUGUAUGUGACUCCUCCUUCCUCCUCGUCUCCCGCCGCAGUCCAUCUGUUCAUCCUCCCAUCCAUCCCAAUGACCUGUUUUCAUUAA